AUGAUCUGCAGGCAGAGGAUGAGAAAGGCAGCCGUUCUCAUGGCCCAGGAGUACCCGGUGCUCUGGAUCAUGCGACUGAUCAUGAUGGGGAAGAUGACGCCGCCCACUCAUGAGCCUGUCACCAUGAUGCCCAUCGCUGCUCCGCGCUUCUUGGAAACCCAGGUCGAGACGCAGGCAAGGGCUUCUCGCCGUCAGCAUGGAACAGACCUCGUCGCGGCGAACUCAAAGCUCGACUUGACGUACGCGACCAUUCCCGGCCCUUGCAAGUUGCGGCCCAUGUCUGAAUCUCAGUCGGACCCUCCAAGCGUCGUAUUCCAGCUACUAGCAAUGGGGAGAAGAGGAGCUGCUAACAUCCCUCCCUCAACAGCGGAAAAGUUUUACAUGCAUUACCAAGGAGCCCGGAUCCUUGUCAACUGGAAGUUUGUCAGCAUGUCGCAGGAUAUAAGUGCUAGCAAUCAGUCCUGGAGUGUCGUGAUGGAGGCGGCCUUGGAGAUCCUGCGGCUGCAGCACCGCCUAGCCGAGGAGUCCGAUGUCCUGGACGCGUCGCGCCCUACUGGUAUGGUCGACUCUUGCUUCAUAUACAAAGGAUAUUUUUUAGCUGCGAGCAUCGCGUCCUUCCUCGUGCAGCAUCGCAAAGACAGGCUGUCGGCCCAGGAUCUAGUGGAAGUGCGAAGCCUGCUGGAAAAGAGCCUAGCCAUCUGGAGCCGCACCAACGACAUGUCGAGAGAAGCGAACACAGUCGUCGUAGCUCUGAGAAUCGUACUUGGACAACCGGGGUCCAGUACAAUUGAACCAAGGACGUCGCCUCAAGUAGGUGGAGGUGACAUGGCGUUCUCUAGUUGCACCUCUUUCUUUGAUGACCUGCCUUUGAUGAGGACAGACGUCGACCCUGCCACGUUUCCUUCACUGCCCUCGACUCCCAUGAUAGACUACUGGCCGCAGGUAUGUCGGGGCAUUUAG